AUGUGGAGAGCACUGCUACUUAAACUCCUUGUCGUCUUCAUUUGCUGUGUUAGUUGGAGCCACUGUGAGGGAUGUGAGUUGGGACAGUUCCAGUGCGGGUCAGGACGCUGUAUCCCAAAUGACUGGCACUGUGAUGGGACCUCUGACUGUACAGACGACUCUGAUGAGCGAGAUUGCCCUCCCGUCACGUGUGGGACCCUCUUCCAAUGUCUAAGUGAUGGAGACUGUAUCUCAGAACUGUGGGUGUGCGAUGGAGAGGAGGACUGUGAGGAUGGCUCUGAUGAGAGGCAAAAUUGCCCUGGAAGGACGUGCAGCAGUGCCCAGUUCACCUGCAAUGAUGGGGCUUGCAUCCCAUCUGAAUACCGCUGCGACCGACUGGCUGAUUGCUCGGAUGCGUCCGAUGAGAGAGACUGCCAUUACCCAGCAUGCCCAGAGCUGAGGUGCACCAAUGGGGCCUGCUACAACCGCACUCAGCGCUGUGAUCAGAUCCUGGACUGUCGUGAUGGCUCUGAUGAAGCAAACUGCACACAGCACUGCAACUCUGGCCUCUUCUCCUGUCACAAUGGAGGAUGUGUUCCUCAGCGCUACGUCUGUGAUCAUGAUGACGACUGUGGAGACCGAAGCGAUGAGCAGAAUUGCACGUAUCCAACUUGCAAAGGGAACUACUUCACGUGUCCUAGUGGCCGCUGUAUUCACCAAGUGUGGCUUUGUGAUGGAGAGGACGACUGUGAGGACAACGCUGAUGAAAAAGGCUGUGAUAAUAUACCAAGGGAGUGUUAUCCAGGAGAAUGGGCUUGUCCUUCAUCUGGGCUGUGUAUUCCCAUGGAUCAUCUCUGUGACGGGACAAUACACUGUCCAGAUGGAGAAGAUGAAACCAACACUACAGCGGGCCGCAACUGCAGUAUUUGGAAAUGUGCCUCUCUGAGCUGUGAGCACCGCUGCCAUGCUUCUCCUGAUGGGGGGACAUGUUCAUGUCCCACUGGAUUCAUUGUCUCCAAUAAUUCUCGAUCUUGUUCAGACUUUGAUGACUGCUCGAUGUGGGGGGUGUGUGACCAGGUGUGUGAAGACCGGACUGGCUCUCAUCACUGUAGCUGCCAUCAGGGCUACACACUGGAGCAGCAUAGAUAUUGCAGAGCUAAUGUAUCAACUGGAGCACCAUCUCUGUUGUUUUCAAAUGGAAGAGACUUGUUAAUAGGUGAUAUCCAUGGUAACAACUAUCGCACGCUCAUUCAUUCACAAAAUCGCGGAGUUGCAGUGGGAGUGGACUUCCAUUACAAUCUUCAGAGGAUAUUCUGGUCGGACACGAUUCAAAAUAAGGUGUUUUCGGUGGAUAUGGACGGUUCCAAUGUGCAGGUGGUUUUAAAUGUAUCAGUUGACUACCCCGAGAACCUGGCGGUGGAUUGGGUGAACAAUAAACUGUAUGUGGUGGAGGCCAGUGUCAACAGGAUUGACAUGGUGGACUUUGAUGGGAGGAACCGGGUCACGCUCAUCACUGAAAACCUUGGAAAUCCGAGAGGCCUGGCACUGGACCCCACAGUCGGGUAUAUGUUCUUCUCUGAUUGGGAGGCACUACAUGGACAGCCAGGUCUUGAACGGGCCUACAUGGAUGGAACGAACCGCUAUGGUAUAAUAAGGAGCAAACUGGGCUGGCCCGCUGGUAUCACCGUGGAUAUUGAGGCUCAACGCAUUUACUGGGCUGAUAGCCGCUAUGACUACAUUGAGACUGUAACAUAUGAUGGUCUUUAUAGGAAAACUGUGGUUCAUGGAGGAGCGGCAGUCCCCCACCCGUUUGGCAUCAGUCUGUUUGAACACACUGUCUACUUCACAGACUGGACAAAGAUGGCUGUGAUGAAAGCAAACAAGUUCACUGACUCAAACCCUCAAGUGGUCUACCGCACAUCUCAAACUCCCCAUGGUGUAGCUGUCAUCCAUCCGCUCAAACAGCCCUAUGUGUCCAACCCAUGCAGUGUCAAUAGAGGAGGAUGUGAGCAGAUCUGUGUUCUGAGUCAUAGGAGUGACAAUGGAGGACUGGGGUACCGCUGUAAAUGCAGAUUGGGCUUUGAUCUGCAUAAUGAUGGAAAGAGAUGUGUUGGUGUCAGGCAGUUUCUUCUGUUCUCUAGUCAGUUGGCUGUAAGAGGAAUCCCCUUUAACCUUUCCUCUCAAGAAGACAUCAUCCUGCCCAUCACCGGGGCACCCUCCUACUUUGUUGGGGUGGACUUUAGUGCAGAAGACGAUGCAAUAUUCUUCUCAGAUACUACAAAAGAUAUUAUCUACAAACAAAAUGUAGACGGCACUGGCAGGGAGGUGCUGGCAGCCAAUCGUGUGGAAGGAGUGGAGGACCUGGCUUAUGACUGGAUCUCCAAAAACCUUUACUGGACAGAUCCCCGAUACAGAAGCAUAUCUGUGCUGAAGCUGGCUGACAAGUCCAGGAGGGCUAUUGUACAAAACCUUAAUAAUCCCAGGGCCAUUGUGGUACACCCUAUCCUCGGGUAUAUUUUCUGGACUGACUGGUACAGGCCUGCGAAGAUUAUGAGGGCUUGGGGUGAUGGGUCACAUGCCAUGUCCAUUGUAAACACUACUCUUGGUUGGCCCAAUGGUCUUGCCAUCGACUGGAGUGCUAUGCGUCUUUAUUGGGUGGAUGCCUUCUUUGAUAAAAUUGAGCACAGCAAUUUUGAUGGGCAGAACAGGCUUUCUUUGGACCGUAUCUCUCAGAUCUCUCAUCCUUUUGGCCUGACUAUUUUCGAAGGCUAUGCAUACUUCACUGACUGGCGACUGGGUGGCAUCGUGCGUGUGCGCAAGACUGACGGUGGAGAGAUGGUCAUUAUUAGACGGGGAGUCAGCCACAUCAUGCAUGUCAAGUCCUUCAACUCCAACACACAGAUCGGUUCAAAUCUUUGCAACAGACCGACCAAUCCAAACGGAGACUGCAGCCACUUCUGUUUCCCAGCUCCAGACUCCCGCAGAGUGUGUGGGUGUCCGUAUGGAAUGAAGCUAUCACCUAACCAUCAGAUAUGUGUAGAGGACCCUUCGAAUGAGCCCCCCACCCUGCAAUGUGGAGUCCAUUCUUUCUCCUGUGGCAACGGCAAAUGUGUCCCAAACAGCUACAGAUGUGAUGGUGUUGACGAUUGCCAUGACAACACAGAUGAAGUCAACUGCGGAGUUCACAACACCACCUGCUCCCCCUCUGCAUUCACCUGUGCAAACCAACGCUGCGUUCCUGCUUCAUGGCGCUGUGAUGGACACAAUGACUGCUUUGAUAACAGCGAUGAGAGUAACUGCCCUACACGAGUGCCCGGGACCUGCCCUGCCAAUCAGUUUGCAUGUGCCAACCAGCGCUGCAUCCCACAUACCUGGCGUUGUGAUACAGAUAAUGAUUGUGGAGACAGUUCAGAUGAAGAAAAUUGCCAUAUUGGUAGCACCUGUCAUCCUGGUCAGUUUCAGUGCCCUGACCAUCGCUGUAUAGACCCCAAUUAUGUCUGUGAUGGAGACAGGGACUGUGUAGAUGGAGCAGAUGAGCAAGGAUGCAUAUAUAACUGCACUUUGAAUGAGUUCAAGUGUGCUAAUGGCCAUCAGUGCAUCAACUCCUAUUAUAGAUGUGAUGGAGUCUUUGACUGUAACGAUCGCUCAGACGAAAGAAACUGUCCUACAAGGCCUCCAGGGAUGUGCCACCACGAGAGUGAGUUUCAGUGCCAGUCAGAUGGCAGCUGUGUGCCCUCGACCUGGGAGUGUGAUGGACACCCGGACUGUGAAGAUGGCAGUGACGAGCACCAUGCUUGCCCCCCGCGCACCUGCCCCUCCACACUGUUCCGCUGUGAUAACGGCAACUGUGUGCUGCCCAGCUGGGUCUGUGAUGGGGACAAUGACUGCAGAGACAUGAGUGAUGAGCGCGACUGUCCCACUCCUCCUUUCAGAUGCCCCAGCUGGCAGUGGCAAUGCCCUGGACACAGUGUCUGUGUCAACAUCACCAGGGUCUGUGACAACACCCCCGACUGCCCCAAUGGGGCAGAUGAGUCGCCACUCUGCAAUCAGGAAAGCUGUUCAGACAACAAUGCAGGCUGCACUCAUGGUUGUAUCCAGGGCCCUUUUGGGGCACAGUGCACGUGCCCUUUAGGCUUCCAACUCAGCAAUGACUCUAAGACAUGUGAAGACCUGGACGAGUGUAGUCCCCCUGGACUUUGUAGCCAACAUUGUUUCAAUGAAAGAGGCUCCUUCCGCUGCCACUGCCAAGAUGGAUACACCCUCGAGGCAGACCAGCGAACCUGCAAAGCCUCAGAUUCUCGAGAGGCAUUCUUGCUGGUGGCCAGUCGAAACCAGAUUGUACAGGAUGAUAUUACCAGUCAGCCCAACGUGGUGCGCUCUGUGGUUCGUGAUGGACGUAAUAUUGUGGCCAUAGACUUCGAUUCGGUAACAGAUCGGAUAUACUGGUCUGAUACAAGCCAGGAUCGAAUCUGGAGUGCUCAUAAAAAUGGAAGUGACAGGACCGUGAUAUUUGACAGUGGAGUGACAGUUACAGAGAGCCUUGCCGUAGAUUGGGUCGGAAGAAAUCUAUACUGGACAGACUAUGUUUUGGAAACUAUUGAAGUAUCCAAACUGGAUGGCAGCCACCGCACUGUACUAGUGAGUGAAAACGUGACCAACCCACGAGGCCUGGUGCUGGACCCAAGAGACAGCACUCACCUGAUGUUCUGGACCGACUGGGGAAGAAAUCCACGCAUUGAGAGGGCCAGCAUGGAUGGGCAGUUGAGGACUACAAUUAUAAACAACAAGCUCUACUGGCCAAAUGGUCUCACUAUAGACUACCCAAACAGACUGUUGUACUUUGCGGACGCCUACCUGGAUUUUAUUGACUAUUGUGAUUAUGAAGGCAACAACAGAAAGCAGGUUCUAGCCAGCGAUCUGGUAUUACAACACCCUCAUGCAAUUACCAUUUUUGAGGAUUUCAUGUAUUGGACUGACAGAUACAUUAACCGUGUGAUGCGGGCACACAAGUGGCAUGGAGAGAAUCAGACUGUAAUGCUUUUUAACCUGCCACAGCCAAUGGGUUUGAUAGCUGUGCAUCCUGCCAGACAGCCUACAGGUGAAAAUCACUGUUUAAGGAGCCGUUGUUCACAUAUCUGCCUGUUAUCAUCUGUGGGACCAAAUUACUUCUCGUGUGCGUGCCCCUCAGGAUGGACCCUGGCACCAGACCAGACCAACUGCUUCAGAGAUGAGGAGCCAUUCCUGAUUAUUGUAAGAGACAGCAUCAUCUAUGGCAUUUCCUUGAAUCCCGAUGACAAGAGUAAUGAUGCGAUGGUCCCUGUUGCUGGACUCCAAAAUGGAUAUGAUGUUGAUUUUGAUGACAAUGAACAGAACAUCUACUGGGUGGAGCAUCCAGGUGAAAUUCAUAAAGUGAGAUCUGAUGGGACAAACAGGUCUGAAUUGGCCCCUGCUGCCAUCCUUGGCUCUCCAGUCGGCCUGGCCCUGGACUGGAUGACUGAGAAUCUGUACUAUACCAAUCCAGCCACACAGUCUAUUGAGGUUUUGAAGUUGAAAGGGGAGGUGCAGUAUAGGAAAACUCUAAUCACAAAUAACGGCUCUCCGACUGGCGCUGGCACUCCUGUUGGCAUCGCAGUGGACCCUGCACGUGGCAAACUCUACUGGACAGACCAAGGAACAGAAAGUGGCAUCCCUGCUAAGGUGGCAUCUGCAGACAUGGAUGGCCAAAACUCUGUCACUUUGUUCACCAAUAAUUUAGACCACAUUGAAUUCCUCACUGUGGACAUCAAAGACAAUAAGCUGUACUGGGCUGUAACAAGCACGGGGAUGAUUGAACGUGGUGACCCAGAUGGCACUAACCGCAUCACUAUAGUAACAGGUUUGUCUCACCCGUGGGGUGUGACUGUCUACCAGGACCACCUGUACUUCACUGAUCGAGAUUUUGAGGUCAUUGAGCGUGUGGAUAAAUCCACUGGUGCAAACAGAGUUGUGUUACGUGACAAUGUAUCUGGACUCAGAGUUUUAAAAGUACAUUAUCGAGAGACCUCUGCAGGGACAUCAAAUGGCUGCACAAACAAUGCUGGUGUAUGUGAGCAGCUCUGCUUGCCUCGGCCCCAUGCUCUGUUUACCUGUGCAUGCGCCACAGGUUUUAAGCUAAACACAGACAACAGGACCUGUGCUCCCUACCAGUCUUUUGUCGUCAUCUCGACUUUGUCUGCCAUCAAGGGCUUCAGUAUGGAAGGAUCUGAUCAUUCAGAGGCCAUGGUGCCUAUAGCUGGGAGAGGUCGUAAUGCGCUCCAUGUUGAUGUCCACAUGGCGUCUGGUUUCAUUUACUGGUGUGACUUCAGCAGUACAGUAGCUACACAGAAUGGGGUCAGACGGGUAAAGCCAGACGGCUCAGGAUUACGCAGCCUUGUCACAUCUGGUAUAGGUCGCAAUGGGAUUCGAGGCAUUGCUGUAGACUGGGCAGCAGGUAACCUAUACUUCACAAAUGCCUUCCUGACAGAGACAUAUGUCGAAGUCCUUCGUAUCAAUACCACGUUCCGCAGAGUUCUUCUGAAGACACAAGUGGACAUGCCUCGGCACAUUGUGGUUGACCCAAAAAACAGAUUUUUGUUCUGGGCUGAUUAUGGUCAAAAUCCCAAAAUCGAGCGAGCGCUUUUGGAUGGUACCAACCGCACAGUGUUAGUGUCAUCAGGAAUAAUCACUCCUCGAGGGUUAGCGCUGGACUGGCUCACUGGUUAUGUGUACUGGGUGGAUGAUUCACUGGACAUGAUUGCUCGAGUUAGCCCGAAUGGAGGAGAUACAGAAAUAGUAAGAUAUGGCAGCCGCUACCCAACUCCUUAUGGGAUAUCAGUGUUUGAGAACAGCAUAAUGUGGGUGGAUAGAAACCUCAAGAAGGUUUUUCAAGCAAGCAAAGAACCAGGAAACACAGAACCGCCUGCUGUCAUUAGAGAUAAUGUAAACAUGUUAAGGGACAUCACCAUUUUUGAUCAGAAAACUCAGCCCACAAGUGCGGAGGAGCUCAAUCACAACCCAUGUAUGAUGGAUAAUGGAGGCUGUGCCCACUUCUGCUUUGCCCUGCCGGGGGCUGGCCCAAGUCUCAAGAAAUGCAGCUGUGCUUUUGGAGAUCUGGCAGCAGAUAAUGAAAGCUGUGUAGUUUCUAGAGACGAUUACCUCAUUUACACCACAGAGAGCACAGUACGCAGUUUACGUUUAGAUCCUGAGGAUCACGCACUGCCUUUUCCUGUGGUCAAUGUCCCCCGCACUUCAGUGGCACUAGAUUUUGACCUGGCCGAUGGAAGGAUCUACUUCACACAGAGUGUGGGAUCAGGAGCCAGUAAAAUAAGCUACAUCAGCCUGUCAUCUCCAACAUCAGCCCCUGUGGAGGUGGCCUCAGACCUUGGGGCUCCUGAUGGGAUUGCGUAUGACUGGAUAAACAAAAGAAUUUACUACAGUGACUUUGUGAAUCAGAGCGUCAGCUCCAUGUCUGUGGAUGGCUCUCAGAGGACUGUUAUUGCUCAUGUAUCUAGACCAAGAGCUAUCAUGCUAGAUCCCUGCAGGGGAUACAUGUACUGGACAGACUGGGGAACACAUGCAAAGAUUGAACGUGCCACAUUGGGAGGAAACUUUAGAGUUGAGAUUGUGAACAGCAGUCUGGUCUGGCCUAAUGGACUAACACUAGACUAUGAGGAUGAAAGGCUGUACUGGGCAGAUGCCAGCUUACAGAAGAUUGAACGAUCGUCUCUUACUGGCUCUGACCGCGAGGUCAUUGUAAGCACUGCCAUCUACCCAUUUGCCAUGACAAUGUUUGGCCAGUUUAUCUACUGGACAGACUGGAACACACGCAGCAUUUACAGAGCCAACAAGCAUGACGGAUCUGACCAGGUGGUCAUGGUCCAGAACCUUCCAUCUCGACCAAUGGACAUCCAUGUUUUAGCCAGCCGUAAACAGCAACAAUGCAACAGUCCCUGCCUGCAGUUUAAUGGAGGCUGUAGUCACAUCUGCACACCAGGGCCCAGUGGAGCUGAGUGCCAGUGUCCGUCAGAGGGUCGUUGGUAUUUGGCUGAUAAUAAACAUUGCAUACCCGACAAUGGGACGCGCUGCCAACCAGGCCAGUUCACCUGUAUGAAUGGGCGCUGUAUCCGUGCCCAGUGGAAAUGUGAUAACGACAAUGACUGUGGAGACGGAAGUGAUGAAUUGGAACGAGUGUGUGCUUUUCACACGUGUGAUCCUACGGUCUUCACUUGUGGCAAUGGACGCUGUGUGCCCUACCACUACCGCUGCGAUCACUAUGACGACUGCGGAGACAACAGCGAUGAGCAGGGCUGCCUGUUCAGACCGUGUGACCCCAAUACUGAGUUCACUUGCGCUAAUGGACGCUGCAUCGCCAAAGAAUAUGUGUGCAACGGCAUAAACAACUGUUACGACAAUGGAACCUCAGAUGAACAGAACUGCCCUGAGAGAACAUGUCAACCAGAGCAGACUAAAUGCCAGUCCACCAACAUCUGCAUCCCACGGUCCUAUUUAUGUGAUGGAGACAACGACUGUGGAGAUAUGAGCGAUGAAAGCCCUACACACUGCGCUGCAGCCACAUGUUCCCAGAGUGAGUUCCGUUGCUCUAGUGGCCGGUGCAUCCCCGCUCACUGGUUCUGUGAUGGAGGAGCCGACUGUGCCGAUGGAUCUGAUGAACCCCAGUCCUGCACUACUCUCACUCGAACUUGUAACUCUGACCAGUUUCGCUGUGAUGAUGGGAGGUGCAUUGCGUCAUCUUGGAUUUGUGAUGGGGACAAUGACUGCGGAGACAUGAGCGAUGAGGACCAGCGGCACAACUGUGCAAAUCGCACAUGCUCAAACUUAGAGUUUACCUGCGUGAACAACCAGCCGCCCCAAAGGAAGUGCAUUCCUCGUGACUGGGUCUGUGACGGUGACGCAGACUGUGCCGAUGCACUGGACGAGCAUCAGAACUGUUCACGGAGAUCCUGUGGGGUCAAUGAGUUCACUUGCAGCAACGGACUCUGUAUACGCAGUUCAUACAGAUGUGAUCGACGCAAUGAUUGUGGAGACAGCAGUGAUGAGCAAGGCUGCACCUACCAGCCCUGUCAGCAGCACCAGUUCACCUGUCAAAAUGGCCGUUGUGUGUCCCGUGAUUUUGUCUGUGAUGGAGAUAACGAUUGUGGCGAUGAAUCCGAUGAACAGGACCACAUGUGUCAUACCCCAGCCCCCACCUGUGCCCCAGGACAAUUCAGGUGUGAAAACGGACACUGUAUCCCGAUUCAGCAGGUGUGCAACAGAAAUGAUGACUGCAACGAUAACAGUGACGAGAAGGGAUGUGGUAUCAAUGAAUGCACAGAUCUAUCCACUCACAACUGUGACCACAACUGCACGGACACGCCGACCAGCUUCAUCUGCACCUGUCGCCCGGGCUACCGCCUCAUGUCCGACGGCCGUACGUGUGACGACGUGAACGAGUGCGCUGAAACCCCUCACGUCUGCAGUCAAAUCUGCGAAAACACUGUGGGCUCCUACGUGUGUAAAUGCGCCCCGGGAUACCUGCGAGAACCCGACGGACGCAGCUGCCGUCAAAAUAGCAACAUCGCUCCGUACCUCAUCUUCAGCAAUCGUUACUACCUGAGAAAUCUGUCCACCGACGGGGAAGCCUACUCCCUCAUCCUGCAGGGUCUGACCAGUGUGGUGGCUUUGGACUUUGAUCGUGUGGAGAAGCGUUUGUACUGGAUCGAUGUAAACCGCAGAGUGAUUGAAAGAAUGUAUUUCAACGGUAGUAACAGAGAAGUGGUGGUGAAUGGGGUGCUGCACGGAGAGGGGCUUGCUGUGGACUGGGUGGCCAGGAAACUCUACUGGGUGGACAGCUUCUUGGACUGCCUCAAAGUCAGCGAGCUGGAUGGGCGCUUUGUGAGGAAGCUUGCUGAACACUGUGUGGAUGCUAAUAAUACAUAUUGCUUUGAAAACCCAAGGGCACUAGUUUUGCAUCCAAAAUAUGGAUUUGUGUACUGGACAGACUGGGGAAACAAAGCAUUUAUUGGUCGUGUUGGGAUGGAUGGAACCAACAAAACAGCCGUUAUCACCACAAAGUUAGCCUGGCCUAAUGGGAUCACUAUUGACUACACUAACGACAUGCUCUACUGGUCUGACGCCCAUCUGAACUACAUUGAAUACUCAGAUUUGGAUGGUCACCACAGGCACACGGUCUAUAAUGGGAAUUUGCCACAUCCCUUUGCACUGACUGUGUUUGAGGACACCGUGUACUGGACAGACUGGAACACACGGACUGUAGAGAAAGGAAACAAAUAUGAUGGAUCUGGACGUGAAGCUUUAGUUAAUACCACACACAGACCAUUUGAUAUCCACGUAUGCCAUCCCUAUAGACAGCCCAUUGUAAACAACCCCUGCUCCGUGAACAAUGGCGGCUGUUCUCACCUGUGCUUGAUCAGUCACGGGGGGCAAGAACACACCUGUGAAUGCCCCGACCACUUCCUCAGCGUUCAGAUCGGAAGUGGGACCCGCUGUCUCCCAAUGUGCUCCAGCACCCAGUACAGAUGCUCCAACAAUGAACGGUGUAUUCCUAUCUGGUGGAAAUGUGAUGGGCAGGCAGACUGUAGAGACGGUUCAGAUGAGCCCCCAACCUGCCCCCCUCGCCACUGCAGACUCGGACAGUUUCAGUGCAACGAUGGAAACUGCACCAGCCCCCACUUCCUGUGCAACACUUACUCUGACUGCCCCGAUGGCUCUGAUGAGGACCAAGUGCUCUGUGCAACCCACCAGUGUGAAGCUUAUCAAUGGCAAUGUGCAAACAAGCGCUGCAUCCCUGAGUCCUGGCAGUGUGAUGGUGAGGAUGACUGCGGAGAUCAGUCUGAUGAAGAUCCAGCCCACUGCUCCACCAGGACAUGCCGACCAGGACAGUUCAAGUGCCGUAAUGGACGCUGUAUCCCCCAGAGCUUCAAGUGUGACGUAGAUGACGACUGCGGAGACAGCUCUGAUGAACCACUGGAGGAGUGCAUGGGGCCAUCGUAUCGCUGUGACAACCACACUGAGUUUGACUGUAAAACCAACUACCGCUGUGUGCCCCUUUGGUCUGUGUGUAAUGGUCACAACGACUGCAGAGACAACAGUGAUGAGCAGGGAUGUGGUGAGUUGACCUGUGACCCCAGAGGAGACUUUCGCUGUGACAACCACCGCUGCAUCCCGCUGAGGUGGAAGUGUGACGGAGACGACGACUGUGGAGACAACUCUGAUGAACGGAGCUGCACUCCGCGCAGUUGCACUGAGAGUGAGUUUCGCUGUGACAAUCUUCGGUGCAUUCCUGGCCGUUGGGUCUGUGACCAUGACAACGACUGUGAGGACAAUUCAGAUGAGAGAGACUGUGAGUUGCGUUCGUGUCUGUCUGGGUAUUUCCAGUGCGACAGUGGACACUGCAUCGCCGAACGAUUCAAAUGUGACGGAAACGCCGACUGUAUGGACUCUACAGAUGAAGUGUCCUGCCCGACACGUUAUCCCAACGGCACAUACUGCCCUCCUUUCCUGUUUGAAUGUAAAAACCACGUGUGCGUCCAGCCUCAGUGGAAAUGUGACGGAGACAACGACUGUGGGGAUGGAUCAGAUGAGGAGCUCCACCUUUGCUCUACCAUUCAGUGUGAGACUCCUUUCCGUUUCCGGUGUGACAAUAACCGCUGCAUCUACAGUCAUGAGCUGUGUAACUCUGUCGACGACUGCGGUGACGGCUCUGAUGAGAGACAAGAAAACUGCCUGACGCCGACACAUGGCCCCUGCUCAGAGGAGGAGUACAAAUGUGGUAAUGGGCAGUGCAUCCCUCUGCAGUACGCCUGUGAUGAGUACGACGACUGUGGGGACCAGUCAGAUGAGCUGGGCUGUCACCAGGGCAGUGGACACACGUGCGGAGACAAUAUCUGUGAGCACAACUGCACUGACUUGACAGAAGGGGGCUUCCUGUGCUCCUGCAGAUCAGGGUAUAAACCCAAAGAAACUGAAAGGCACAACUGUGAAGAUAUAAAUGAGUGUGAAGUCUAUGGCACAUGUCCACAGGAGUGUAAGAACACAAAAGGCAGUUAUGAAUGUUUCUGCACUGAAGGAUUUGAGUCGUUUGGUGAACCUCGGGGGACUGAGUGUGCUGCCCAGGGAAAUCCACCAGUGUUACUUUUGCCAGACAAUGUUCGAAUCCGCCGUUUCAACCUUUCCAAUGAGGAGUAUUCAGACUAUGUGGACAAUGCAGAACACAUUCAAGCUUUGGACUAUCUGUGGGACCCAGAAGGACAAGGCCUGAGUGUGGUUUACUGGACGGUACUUGGACGGGGAUCUCAGUUUGGCACGAUCAAAAGGGCUUAUAUGACCACUUUCAAUGACCACGGCAACAAUCCUGUGAAAGAAGUGGAUCUUAAUCUCAGAUACAUCGCAAACCCAGAUGGCAUCGCUGUGGACUGGGUUGGCAGGCACAUUUACUGGACAGAUUCAGGGACCAAUCGCAUUGAAGUGGCCAUGUUGGACGGGCGAUACCGCAAAUGGCUGAUUCACACAGAUCUUGAUCAGCCUGCUGCUAUUGUUGUCAAUCCAUCACUUGGCAUGAUGUACUGGACAGACAGAGGCAGAAGUCCAAAGAUCGAGUCAGCGUGGAUGGAUGGACAGCACAGAGAGGUGCUUGUGGGUCAGGAGGACUUGGGCUGGCCCACUGGACUGGCUGUGGACUAUACCAACGGAAACAGGAUCUACUGGUGUGACUCAAAAGAAAACAUAAUUGAAUCUAUGAAACCAGAUGGCACAGACAGAAGAAUUGUCACAUCUGGAGAUAUUGGGAACCCGUACAGUUUAGAUGUUUUUGAAGGCCACGUGUACUGGACCACCAAGGACAAGGGCGAAGUAUGGCGGACGAACAAAUUUGGGAACGGUCACAAAGUGAAGGUUCUAACCAUCAACCCCUGGCUCACUCAAGUCCGCAUUUAUCAGGAGCAUCGGCACAACCUCACAGUGACCAACCCCUGUAAGAGCGUGUGCAGUCACCUGUGCCUCCUGCGUCCUGGGGGUUACACCUGCAGCUGUCCACAAGGCUCCUCUCCAGUUCAGUUUGACUCCAAUAUCUGUGAUGCAGCCAGUGAGCCUCCUGUCACGAUGCCCCCUGCAUGUAGGUGCAGGAAUGGUGGAACCUGCUACUUUGAUGAGGAGGCUCUUCCAAAGUGCAAAUGUCCUUAUGGUUAUCUGGGCAGUUAUUGUGAAAAGGGGAAAAUGACAAGUGCUCCAGCUGGGACAGCCGUGGCAGUUCUACUUGCAGUCCUUAUCAUCAUCAUUACUGGUGCUCUGGCUGUUGGGGUUUUCCUCAACUACAAAAGGACAGGAUCCUUUAUUCCAUCAAUGCCCAAGUUACCAAGCCUGAGCAGUCUGGUGAAAUCUGCGGACACGGGGAAUGGCGUGACUUUUCGUUCAGGUGAAAACGUGGACCUUGGGCCGACCCAUAUUGGAGUGUCAUUUAUUGACACAGCCAUGCAGAUGGAUGAUAAUUUUGCACUGGAAGAUGGAAGGCAACCAAUGACCUUUGAGAAUCCUUUAUACGCCAAUGCAGCAGGAGACCCAGCUGUUAUUCAUGCCACACAGGUCACAGUCAAUGUGAGCAGUGAUCCACUGGCAAACAACUUUGUGAACCCAGUGUAUCACGGAGAACGAGGUGUGGCUGUGGUGAAUACUGCUGAAAUCUCAAGUCUUUGACCUCAAGAGUCAAAGUGGAGCCAAUUCAAAAGAAAACUGAGGCCGGGAACCACAUUUGAAAACCCUUCAUAUUCAGAGAUGAAAGAUGAGAAGCCUGUGGGGGGCAGCGUUGAGUCCUCUGAGCCAUCUCCAUUUGCACCUCCAGCCAAACUGCAGAAGAAGGACCGUCCCAUGACCUUCUCUCCCACUGAGGACACUUUCAAGGACACGGCCACUCUGGUCAAAGAGGACAGUGAUGUAUAA